CACAAAUCAGAUGAAGAAAAUGCCUACUUCUACCAAAAAGUCUUUAAAGAACAAUGAGGAAACCAAGCCAGCUACAAAAUCUAACCAACAACCGAUUUGCAAGGUAAGACAUGGACUUAGUCGAAAGACAACAAUUUUAGAACUAACUGAAAAGAUGAAGAAGGUUCAGAAAUACAGACAAGACGAGGAUGAGAAAACGACCUGGAUAAAUGCCAAUGGUCAACUGAUUGGAAUACAGAAAAAACACGUAACUAAUUUGGGAAUGGACGUGGACAACUUUUUUAAGUCAAAGGCAAAGAAAAGCCAUCACUUGCACCAGACAGAGCCAAGCAACAUAAACACUGCUCCAACACUGAUGGAAUCGAAUGAAGUUGUGGAUAUACAGCACAAAUCGAAUGUUAAUGCCAAAAGGAAUAUUUCUCUCGCAGAAGAAAACAAGCCCUUGCAGUCAUACCCAAUGGCCAUGACACGGAUUCCCAGUGGGUAUUACAAGUGGAAAAUUAUCAUGGAUCCUCACAUUGUUCAGCAUAUUGAGAAUAACGUAGUGGAAACAAUCAAGAGCUUUCCUCGGAGCCCCAAAGACUUAAGUAUAAGCAAACCUGUGAAUCCAAAAUCGAAAAAGAAGAUUUCGAAAACUUCGUUUGGCAGAUUCAAAAAAAGGUCGAAAGAAGAGGAAGAAGAAGAUUACGACGAUCUAACUCUGUGCGAAUUUGAUGCUAUCACGUCAGAAAAUGAUGCAGACUUAUAUGGCUGUGAAAAAAGUUUUAGCUCUGAGCCUCCGGAAACUCCGUCCCUGAUGAGCUCGGAAAACCAAAGUGAUUCUAAUGAGAAAUUAAUCAAUCUAGGUUUCGAACAACUGAAUCAGGUAGUUCGUCAAAGUUUACAAGAUUCAGGAAGAAAUGAUCACGAUCUUAAUGUUGCCGUUGUGGAGCCGCUAAUCUCGAGAUUUAAUAGUCUCAAUCCAUCUUAUCAGUCUAGUAUUUCUCAACCGAGGAGAUGGGCCACACCUUUCAGGCAACGCAUUAACGAUUUCUUUGUUGACGAACCGAUACCCCAGAGGGCCGUUCGUCUGCCAAGAACUGCAUUUGGACUGGGUGUUGGCAACUGCAUUUUUCCAUCGCAAACCUACAGAUCCGGUCCAAGUCCAGGAUUGAAAACUCCAACCAAAAAUAAGAAUUUAUGUCGGGUGAUGGCGCAACGCACCAAGAUGUUGGCGGAUCAAGCUCAGCGGCUAAAAGAGUUGUACGAAAAUCAGCAGAAAGAAAUGGAAGCCUUUUGCGCCAGUGAAAAAGCUAAGAUUUCAGUCCAACAUAGAGCUCAUUGGACUGAAAUAGUAAUUGGAGCAAGGGUUUUUUUACUCUUCAUGACGGCUUUUGCCGGUUUGUUUUUAGUUUUGUAUCCGAUAUAUUUUGAGGAACCUAGACCUCUAACGCUUUGGGAGAAAAUAUUGCUAUUCCUUAGACUAUAUAAUCCGUUUUACUAAUGCGAUCAUAUAUUUUAUAUAAUUUCCAUUGUUACUAUAUUUUCUAUUUAGAAACCAUGCUAUACAAAAGUCACAAAAAGAUAUUAUGGCCCUUUAUCAUUAAAAUAUUAUCAUUUUCUUUAGAUAUAAAUUUUAAAAUUAAAAAAAAUUAAAGUUUGUUAUUGGUCAAUAUUUAUUAGAAAUCAUUCUUCUCCAAAUGUAAAAUUAUUUUGCGAAUAUUCGUUGGAUUUGGCUGAAGCCCGAAAGUAUUUGUAAGGAUAUUGUUUCCCAGGUUCCUGCAGCAUCGCCAAACAAUGCAAGCGUCUUAAAAACCAGCUAUUUAAAUAUUUAGUACCAAGUCGAUUACCCAGCCCACUCUUUAUCCCAAGUUCCAGGAGUCGAGAUGAAGAUGGAGACUGAAGCAACAACAACCUGCCUGACAGCCAAUCGCGCCAGUCAGCGUUAGCAAAUGCAAAUUUAAUGGUCUAUGAAAAAGGUAGCCGGGCAAAUGCUUUUAACCACAUCCGCUGCUAUUAGUUCACCUGGAACCGUCGGAACCGUUGCUAAACAACAAGAGCGACGGAUAACAAUGGAAAAUGAUGCCAGUGGAAAUGCGAAAAUCAAUGCGCAUUAGUGGAUGGUGUUAUUUCAUCUUAUACUACCGGAGAAUUGCCAAUAUCCCUCGCUUAACCUCACUUAAAUUUUACAUUAGCUGAGCGGAUGCGAAAAUGAAGCACCACCGCAAAAGUGUAGCAGUCGAUUGAACACGGGAAUAAGCCAAAGAAUUUCUGAAUAUGCAAUAUCACGAAUUUUGUGGAUUUCUUAAGAUAUUUGCAGCUAGAAUGAUAGAAAUUAUCUGUUCAAUUUAAAUAAAAUACUUAAAAACCUAAA